UGCAUACAAAUAGAUCAAACAAUGUACUGAAGCAAAAAGAUUUAGAUCCUGUUAUACAUUGUUACUUAAGUUUAUGUUUCAUGUCACGAGUUAAGAUGAAGGUUUUAGCGAACUUGCAAGGUUACACGUCAAAGCAAUUCAGAUUGUGUUUAUAGAAAGGAUUAUAUAGAUAUAAAGUAACGUACAUGCUUUCAUCACCUGGAGAAAACAUACGAAUGGGAUCUAUAAUGCAGGUGAACGCGAGUAGUUCGAUUAAUCUGUAGACCGUAUGGCCAUACAACGAAUGGCGGAUCGCGCUCCCAGGGAUAAAAUUCUGAAGCUAAAUGUAGGAGGGGUGUUCUACACGACAGCCAAGUCCACGCUGACCAGUGUAUACGGAAGUUUUCUAUGGAGGAUUGCCACGGGGGACGUGUCUGUUAUGAGAGAUGAAAAAGGGAGCAUGUUUAUAGAUCGCGAUGGAUACGUAUUCAGGUAUGUCCUUAACUUUCUCCGCUCCAAUCGACUGAUUGUUCCUCAGGGGUACAAGGAACUGCACAUGCUCAGAGAGGAGGCGGAUUUUUACGGAUUGGAAGAUCUCUGCUCACAAGUUGAUAAAAUCAUCAAAUCUCGAAAACGGAAACCCCGAGCCCGACUGUCGCGGCGCUUAAGCCAGAGUUGGGGAUCGGACCUGACUAAGAUCUGCACAGACGAGAAUGGAUCAGUCAUUUUUGAGGAUGAAGGAUCUGACUAUUUCUAUGAUUAGUUGUGAACAAGGGAAUUAGUAAAAUGCACUGGUUAAUUUUCCAGUGUGAGAUUAAAUUCCAUUGCACAUGUAUUAAAUGGGGUGAAUGGCAUCGUUUUCCUGUUUAUGGUGUUGCCUGUAUUUCGAUUUUUUGGUGAGUUGGAGGCUAAUUAUUUUUUUUAUACAGAAGCUGUGGCAUAUGGCGCUCUAUUACGUUGUUUGUAUGUAGUUGUCUGUAUGGUCAAUAAGGCGGGAACGUUUUUGUAACGAUUGAUUUUGUGUGCAUGAUUCACUUGAUUGAAUGCAGAUGUUCGUUAAUCGUGUGAAAUGUAAAGAGCAAACUAUGUUUAUUUCGUUUCGUAAGGCACUGUUUCUAUUGAGCUAUUGUGUGCACCAGCAUAUACUGUAUUCAGAGGGGGAAAAUCACAUGUGGUGGGAUAUUAAAAAAGAGAUAGUUUUUAUA